UCCGUCGCAUUGGACGCUCGUCGUUUUCGUGCCACACUAGCAUAACCUCUCAUUUCAAGCCAGCCUGAACCAUCUUUUUUUCGUGAAGCUGCUGGAAGGGAAGUGGGUGAGGAGGAGUCAGCAGAAGAAAACUUCCCCGUCGGGAACAAUUUGUACACGGAAGACGACCGGAUGUACAUCCUCUUCAAGGGUGACGAUUUGCGUGCUAACACAUCCAUCGUCUACGAGGGGAAACUGCCGGCAGGCGCCGCUGCUGCAGUGCGGCUGCCACAGAAGGCUACGCAAACGGAUGUGUCCGACAUUCCAUUCAACCCUUGCGACUGGUCGCAUACCUCGCCUACACGUCGGAGCAGUGUGUAUGGGGACAUGGAACGCAAACCCGCGCAAUUCGUCAAUCUUCUUCAAUCCGUCAGCAAGAAGGGGGAGGGUGUCGUCUUCCUUGGGAAGCCACACGCGCGAUCCGUGUGGGAACUACUGAAGGCAGGACGGCACGUCAUCGCGAUGGAAGGGAACUCCGUCCUGUUGCAAUUUGCAAUUGAUCACGUCAAAAGCGAGGUCAAUUCGGGUGCCCACAAUUGUGAGUUCAUGGUCGUCAACGAGACUCGGGCUCGCUCGUGGAACAACAAGACGGACAUGUGGUUCAAGUUGAGUGAGAGGAAGCGGAAAAAGAUAUACGACUUCUUGUUCCUGCAAACGUGGCCGAAGAGGGACACUUACCCUGAGUAUGUGCGCCGCAAGGACCACAUGUUCAUGCUUCUCGACAACUACCACGCCGCCUCCUGCAUGAACGAGAAGACCUUCCUCAAUAGGUUGCAGCCCCUGUACUUCGUGGAGUCAGAGGAGAAGUUGAUGUUCGACAAUUACUCUUCCUUGAUCUCCACGGAAGACGGGGAGACCACCGACAUCGAGUUCGACGUGAAAGCGAACGAGGAGGGCAGCGACACCGAAAGCCUCGACCUGCAGUACUACCCACAUCCCGCGCAGCACGCUACAGGGUCGUCCUUGGCAGGUCUGUCAACAAGCCCGGCAUCCCUCGUGUCACCGAUGGCGAAACCGGCGCUUGGCACUACCACGAUGAAGUUGCUGGAGAGACUGCAAGCUCUGGCCUCCAGCCAUCGCCCACUGCGUCCCGGGUCUGACAUUCCGCCCGAUCAUCUGUCUUGGAAGGAUGACAACAUUCACUUCCUGCCUGAGCGGCAAAGUCAUUCCACUGAGGUGGACUGGGACCAUGACAUGAUUUGGCAUCCAGGAGUCAUCCAGCCGGAGAUCCAAAAGGGCGAGUGGAUCAUGGCCGUCGCUGUCAUGGGUUGAGGAUGGAUGCCCUUCCCUCGCGGGCCGAAGUCUAACUUCCUCCACGUCGCUAGAAUUGCGGUCCUUCAGAAAGU